AUGCAAAUACUACCGUCCCUGAACAUGUUUCUAGGGCUAUCCAAACUGUUGUUUCUGUCCACAAUCGCGGCGCACAGCUCGGCCAGCAGUAGCAGUUUUGACCCCCUCCAAUAUGUCGAUCCCCUGAUUGGGACGUCCAAUGGGGGUCAUGUUUUUGCCGGCGCUAGUUUACCAUUCAGCAUGGCCAAGGCUGGACCCGAUUCCGAUUACGACAAUGCGGGAGGCUUUUCUACAGAUUCUGGCAGUAUUAUGGGCUUCUCUCAUAUGCAUGAUUCCGGCACUGGCGGUUCACCAUCGCUCGGUCUUUUUCCCAUUUUCCCGCACCCAAACUGCACGAAUGACGAUGUUACUCAAUGUGCCUACAGCUCACCAAAUAGAAACACCGGUUAUGCGGGAGAUUCGCUCACUGCUAAGCCGGGUUAUUUUGGUCUAACACUAUUCAACGGCGUGCAGGUGGAGAUAACAGUUACAAACCACACGGCAUUGUAUCGCUUCACCUUUGACCCCAAUGUGCAAUACAAUAGCCCCGUGAUUCUAGUAGAUCUGGGAGAUUUGCCACAAUCACGAGCAAGUGGCACGGCUGUUGUAGAUCCAACCUCUGGUCAGCUCUUGGUUAGUGGGACAUUUGGCCCUAGCUUUGGUUCUGGUAGCUAUGCAUCCUAUGCAUGCAUUGACUUUGCAGGAGCUGGAAUUCGGAACACUGGAACUUUCUUCGGAGACGAGGUGGCUCUGCAACCCGACAAUACAACUCAAGCGGUGGGAGGUUACGCUUCUGCUCCGGCUGCAGGGGCAUGGACACAGUUUGCUGGACCGGUGAGGAACGAGCUUCUCGUUCGAGUUGGACUAAGUUUCAUAAGCAACGAGAAUGCCUGUAGUAAUGGACAAAGUGAGAUCCCGAACUUUGAUUUUGACGCGACAUACGAAGCAGCAAAAGAAGCGUGGACAGAAAAGCUUAACGUUAUUUCUGUAAAGCCCGGUGGUGCUUCUGAUGACUUGCAAACGUCUUUCUGGAGCGGUCUUUAUAGGUCGAUGUUGAGCCCACAGGACUAUACGGGCCAGAAUCCUCUAUGGCAGAGCGAUGAGCCUUACUAUGACAGCUAUUACUGUAUCUGGGACUCUUUCCGUUCUGUCCAUCCUCUUCUCACUCUCAUCGAUCCUUAUUCUCAGUCUCGCAUGGUUCGCAGCCUUGUUGACAUAUACCGAAACGAGGGCUAUCUUCCUGAUUGCCGCAUGUCACUAUGCAAGGGAUUCACACAAGGAGGUUCAAAUGCGGAUAUUGUUAUCACUGAUGCCUAUAUUAAAGGGAUUCCAGAUGUUGACUGGGAUACUGCUUAUGAAGCUAUCGUCAAGGAUGCCGAGGUGGAGCCAGAUAACUGGUCUGUAGAAGGGCGUGGAAAUUUAGACAGUUGGCACAAUCUUGGAUAUGUUCCUAGCCAUGACGACGACCCCAAUACAUCCGGCUUCAUGACAGGCAGUAUCUCACGAACCGUGGAAUACGCAUACAACGACUUUUGUAUUGCCACCAUGGCUAAUAAAACAGGUAAUUCAGCCGACUAUAGCAAAUACCUCGGUCGAGCACAAAACUGGAAGAAUAUUUUCAAUAAUGAUACUACCUCAAGUAUCAAUGGAGUGGAUACUGGUUUCGUUGGCUUCUUCCAACCGAAGUAUAACAACGGGAGCUGGGGCACUCAGGAUCCGAUAUUUUGUUCACCGUUAUUGGACUUUACAUCUUGCUAUCUUUUUGAGGAAAACUAUGAGACCUACGAGGGAAGUGUCUGGUUAUACACAUUUUUUGUCCCACAAGACAUGGGCGAUCUGAUUACUACCCUCGGUGGCAAAGGCAGCUUUACUAGCCGUCUCUCCUACCUCCACGACUCCGGGCUUCUCUAUAUUGGCGACGAACAGGCUUUCCUUCCCGUCUACCAGUUCCACUACGCCGGUCGCCCCAGUCUAUCUACGAAACAAGCCCACACCUAUAUCCCAUCCCAGUUCAACAAUUCCAACAGUGGAAUCCCCGGGAACGAUGACUCCGGCGCUAUGGGCUCCUUUGAAUCGCUAAGCAUGAUGGGUAUUUGGCCUGUCGCCGGUCAAGACGUUUACCUAAUCAGUCCACCGUUCUUCGAAGAAGUGUCAAUUACAAAUGCUCUUACGGGAAAAGUGGCAACGAUUCGCAAUCUUAAUUUCGACUCUUCUUAUACGAAUAUUUACAUCCAAAAUAUUACUAGGGACGGACAACCCUGGACUAACAAUUGGAUAAGUCAUGAUUUUUUCCUCAAUGGAGGAACGUUGGAGAUUACGCUUGGUGACAGUGAGAGUUCUUGGGGUACAAACACGGAGGAUUUGCCGCCGAGUUUGACACCUUAUACCUUUUAG